AUGAAAUUUAUAAUAUUCGAACAAUUAUCUUGUUUGGCUCAUAUACCUCAUAAUAGCCAACCUUCUGAGUUUUGGGUUGUCUGGGUUGCUUUCAUAAUGAACCUUUAAUAACUUGCAAUAAUGUUACCUAUACAUGGUUGGAAUUUAUGGAAAUACAGUAAUGGACACUUUUACCUAUUAUAAAAGCUAGCUUAAGCUUCACUUGUUAUUCCAUAUGCCUUUGAAUCUAAUUUUAAUUUUAGUAAUAUAGCUUUUGGUCUUGUCAUUUUACUUCUAAUAACUUUUGUGGCAAUUAUUAUUACCUUAAUGAUCUUAGGAAUGUAGAAUAAUGUCAAUCCUCUUUUACAUUAUUAAAUAAGAAAAUCUAUUUUUUAUUUUUUUGUGUUUAGUACGAAUAUGUUUUAAAUGCCAAUCCUAUUUUUAUUAAUUGCUUUCAUUUUGAUAGAAAAAAACAAUUUUAAUUAAGAAUUGACAAUUUUUAAUGUAAAAAGUAUUUUGUGCAUAGUAACCCUAUUUAUAUUUUCAAUAUUUGUAUUUUUGUACUAAUACUUUUUGAGGGCAUAUACAUUUAUUCCUUUUAAUUUUUACCAAUAAAAGUAUAAUGGAUUUCAAUCUAUAUAAUAUGGUCUCUCAGUUUUUAUAGUAUUUUUAUAUUUAGUUGAUCAGGAUACAACUGUUUAAUAUAUACAAAUACUUUUAAUAUUUUUAUUAAUAUUUUUAAGAUUAGCAGAAUCAAUUAUUAUGAAACCAUCUAUUCCUAUUAUUAAUUCAUUAUAAUUUUCAUUAAAUUUUACACUUUUUAUAAUCUUAAUUAUUUUAAGCAUUAAUAUUUUUACAAACAAUAAUUAAAUAUUUUAAGAAGAACAAUUGAUUUAUGUAAUAAUGUUAUUGGGUUUGAUUGCAUAUUAUUUAAGUAAACAAUUUUAUUCUAAUCGAUGUUUAUCUGUAUUUGAUAAUGAAAUAACUCCUUUCAAUUGUAUUCAUUAUACAUAAGAAAUGCAUUUUAAACAUUUGAUGACAUUAGAAAAUUAAAAAAUAAAAGAAUUUUUUCAUCUUUAUAUAUAAUGGAAGGGACAUAAGAUAGUUUGUUAAAAACAUUGGUUAAAAUCAAAUUAUAAAACUGAGUAUAAUUAAGUAUAAAGAACCCAUCAAACGAUAUUUUGUAUUCUAAAUACAGAAUUAGAAAAAGCAUAAUAAGAUUCAAAAACAGAUUAUGAAGAAUUGCAACUCUUGUAUAUUAGUUAUGUUGCUUAAUUCUGUAAGAAACCACUUUUAGCUUAUGUAGAAUUAAAACGCUAUUAAAGUAAAUAAUAAAUUUAAUCUUUUUACUUUGUUUAAAUCAGAUAUUAAAUGAGCAUUUAUCUACAAACACUUAUAAAAAAUCAAUAAUAAACAAACAUUUAAGCAAAUAAUUAAUAAAAGGUUGCUAUAACAGAUAGAUAAUUGAGUAUUUAAUCAAUUUUUGAAGCUCUCUAAUUUCAAGAUCAAUUUAUUCCUAGUAUUAUAGAUUUAUUAAAUGAUAAGAUAAAUUUUUGGAAUCGAUAAAUUAAGGGUUUUAAUAAUAUUUAUGAAUUAGAGAGAUUAGCAAUAAAAUAAAGCAAGAAUAUCUUAAAUUUAGCUAGUUAAAUAAAUUAAUAUUGUUAAAUAGAUAUUAAGAAUUUAGAUCAUUUGUCAAUUUCAAAUAAUGUUUAGGAUUUAAAAUUGAUUUCUAUUUUUUGUAGUUCUAUAAUGAAUGAUUAUUAUAGUACUUAAAUAUGUGAGACAACAAUCUCAGAAAUAUAUAAUAUAGAACAUACAUUUUAAGAAGAUACAAUUUCAAAUUUAUCAUUUAUUUAAGAAAGAGCAGUUAUUUUGAUGUUAAGUUUAGUUAAAAAUAGAGGUAAGAUAAUUAAUUAAGAUAAGAAAUUGAUUUCUUAAUUUUUUAAUUAUACUGAGUAAGAGUUCGCAUAAAUAGAUAAUAUAUCUGGUCUUAUGCCUACUUUUUUUGCAGAGAAACAUGAUAAAUUAUUAUUAAAUUAUUUGUAAACUGCAAAAUCUCAAUUUUUUGAUGAUUAUAAUUAAGUUUUUGGUCAAUCAAAAGAAGGGAUGAUAAUUUCAUAUUAAUUGAAAUUAGACAAUAAUUUUAGUGAAUUAGAUGAUUAUGUAUUAAUUGGUUGUCUUGCAUAAGUGAAAUAAUCAGCAGAUUAUUUGCUUUUUGGUGAGGAUGGUUUUCUAAUUGGGAUGACUGAGAAUUUUUAUUAAAUAAUUAUUAAUGCUAAAGAUUAAUCAUAAAGUAUAUUACACGAAAAUUUGAAUCAACUAAAUGUUUUUUUUAUUAUUCCAAAUAUUAUGGAAUUAUUAAAUGAUUUAAAAAAUACUUAUGGAAAGGAUUCUAUUUAUGUUUAGUAGGAUAAAUUUUAUAAAAUAUGGAAAUAUAAUAAUAAUAAAGAUUUAUAUGAAAUGUCAAUAAAAUUGGGUUGUUCAUCUAAAUAAAGCUACUUUAUUAAUGAUAGUAGUGUAUUUUUAUCUAGAACAUCUUUUGCUUCUAUUGAGAAAGAAAAAGCAGAUAUAAAAAUAUAUUAGUAAUUGGGAUAAUCUAUAAAUGAGAAAAAGAAGUUAAAAGGGGUUUCAAAUUUAAAAUCCUUAACAAUUUAUAGUUUAAAUUUCAAUAACUAGUUGAGAAAUUCAUUAUAAAUUUUAGAAGUAAAAUAUAAUUGAUAUUUAGGGUAAAACAAAGCAACAUUAUGUUGCAAAAAUUAAUAUAGUAUAUAAAAUGAUUGGAAAAAAGGAUAAUAGAAAGAGUUAUUUUAUUUUGGAAAUAAAUGAUAUGAGGAAAGCAGAUGAAUUCUUUAAAACUAAUGAUUCUCUAAUAAAUAAUUAGAAUACAAUAUCAAUUUAAACAACAAACAAAGGUAAUAUACCUACUGCCUAAGAUCAAAACAAUAGUUACUUAGGAACUAUGCAUGUAGAUCUAGAAGAAGUAACACCAAAUAUAUCUAAAUAAUUAUAAACUGGUUUUUCAAGACUUUUAAAUAAAUAUGAGAGUAAAUAAUAAGCAUAAUUAAAUUUAAUGGAUUAAUUAGGGAUGGAAUCAGCAAGAGAUAGUAUGAGUUAUGGUCCAUUAUCUUAGAGAAUAAAUUUUAUAAGUCCAUCUUCUAAAUAAUAACAUAUGUAAGAGUUGAUUGAUAAGGACUUUAUGGAUUUAUAGAAUCAAUUAGAAUUAGGAAAUGAAGAUAUUGGAAAUGAUAUUGAUGUUCCUGAUUCAUCUAAAGUAAAAAGUAACAGUAAAGAUUAAAAUUAAAAGAGCAAUAAUCUAAUUGAGAUUUUAUAAAAUAAUAGAUUAAAUAAAAAAAAUGAAGAUAUAGAUAGAGAAGCUAAGAAAUCAAAAUCUAGUAUUACAUCUGGAACUUCAGGGAUUUCUGCAAUAUCUACAAUUAAGAAAUUUUAAUAAAAAACUGAAAUGACUAAUAGUCUUAGAAUAUUGGUAUCCAUCAAUAUUAUGAUAAUGAUUAUCAUUCUUGCUUUUAUAAUAGCACAUUUAUUAAAAAUUGAAUUUUACAAUCAUUAAACUUAAUUAACACUUUCAAAUAUAAAUGGGCCUACUUUAUUUAAUAGGUAUUUUUUUAAAGUCUUUACUUAUACUUGGAGUUUGGUUUUUAACAGUCUUGGAAUAAUUGAAAGUAGUGAAUUUUUGAUAACUUAAACUAUUUCUGAAAUGAGAGAUUUAGCUUAAAUUAUUUUUUAUGAUCUAACAAAUAUGUAUGAUACUUUUAUUGGAGUUGAAUCAUCUGGAAUGCUUAAUUUAAUUAAUCUAGAUUUUUUGUAUUAAAAUAAUGAAAAUGUUACAUAUACUUAUUUUAUUAAUAUUAUUUCUAAUGUUGCUGAUACUUUAUUUUAAGCACUUAAUUAUAACAUAUAAACUCUUAUUUAAUUGAUUGAUAGAAAUUAUAUAGAUAAUUUACUUAUGCUCAGAUAUAAUUUAAAAAAUGUUGUGGAUAUGAAUUCGUAAUUAAUUGAUUCUCUUAAUGUAUUAUUCUUUUAAUAAUAAGUAAGUUAAAUAGAAGAAUUCGAAAUAUAAAUUAUAAUAGAAAUUAUUUUAUUGGUAUUAAUUAUUACUUGUUAAUUAAUUUAUUGGAAAAAAAUAGAAUUAUAUAGUUAAUAGAUAUUAAUUUUAGUUGGUAAACUAUAAUUAAAUUAAGCAUAAGAUAUGAUAACGAGAUUUACAGCAGUUAUAGAAACAUUAAAAUAAUUGUCUGGAAAAUAUGGAUGGAAAAAAUAAAAUUAUUAUAAAUUACUAUUUUUUCCUUUAAAUUAAAUAGGUAUUGAAGCUAUGCAAACUUAAUCUAGAGUUCUUAAAGAAUAUUAAUUAUCAUAAGUUGGUAAUUAAACAAUUAAAUUAAAUCAUAUUAUUGAUGAUAGAAAAAAUUAUAAAAAAAAUCUUAAUGUUGUUCUCAAUUCAAAAAUAAAUAAUCCAAAUACUUCUAUUCAAUGUGCAAUUAUAAUAAUCAUUAUAACUUGUCUUAUUUUUUUAUUUUAUCUUUUAGGAGGAUUUUUAAUAUUUAAAAAAUAACAAAAUGAUUUAUUUCCAACUCAAUAAUUAACUCUAAGUUUUAUAAGAUUUACAUCUUAACUAGAUAUAGUAGUCAGCACAGCCUUUAUUACAAAAACAUAACCAAUAUUAUAUAAUAAACUUGUUGAAUUAAAUAUAUAUACAGAUUAAGAAAUGGAAACUUUCAGAGAUUAGCGUGUAAUAAUAUCAAUAUUCAUUUCCCUUUAUUCAAUCUAUUUUGAAAAUAUUACAUCAAUUUAUGAAAAUAUAAUUCAAUCAGAUAAAAUUACUGAAAAUGAUGAAAAUAUUUUACUUGAAUUAUUUUCUAAUGAUUUUUGUUAUUUACUGAGAACUGAUAUUCCAUUUUGCAAUUAUGAUAAUAAUACAAUUAAUUUUGAUUAACUAUAUGGAAAACCUACUCGAUUAGAUGACAAUAGGGAUUAUUUAAGUAAAGGAAUUUAAGGAGUAGUUAGUAGAUUAGAUGCAUUUUUUAAAUAAAAUUAUCAUUAUGAAAUCAAUAAGAUUGAUUAUUUUCCAGAUUUAUAAGUAGUAAGAGAACUUUUUGAAACUAGAGAAUUUACUAAUACUUUAAUUGAACAUUUUUUAGAUACUACAGAUGGAACUAAUCUUUUUAUAGAUACUAUUAUGAAAUCUGUGAAAACUAUUACUGAGAAUGAUUUAAAUUUAUUAUUUACUUAUUAUUUGGUAACUGGACUUAUGCUCCUAUUAAUUUAUCUUAUAUUUUAUGGCUGCUGGAUUUAUAGAACAAAUUAAAGACUAAUACAAUUAAGAUUAAUCUUAACUAAUUUACCAAUUGAAGUACUUACAGAAUAACAUACACUAUCAUUACUCAAAAAACUGUAAUGA